ACUUACCGACUGGAGCUGUGCCAGGUACACGAUGCUUUUUUACUUCCGAAUUAAAUGUCCUAAUCGACUAUUGCUGUUGUGAACCGAUCGACGACAAGCUUAGGUUCAUAUUUGAAUAACGCAUCCGCUCUCGUUUGCGUUUACCAUUACUACCUAUUAUGCCUAUUUCCUGUAUGUGCAAGUAGCCGUCUUGCCGCCUCUUACCGAAAGUCCGACAGACCGCCCUGAGCUGAAAAGGGCAAUCCCAGGCACGUACGUUUCUUAAAGCAUGCCUUCCUUACCAAGGCUGCCUAGUACUAGCAUCGCCAUCUUUAUGUGGCCUUGUACGCGAUAGAUUCCAUAAGUUGCGAGAAAAGGCAAGAUAGAGAAAUUCGAGAGUUCUGGUAUUUCCAGAAAACUACCCGAGUAGAUGAUCCUAAAACCAUUCGACAAUGCCUCCGAACAACAACAUCAUGAACUACUACGGGGAAGCACCGAAAACACAUAACUUCGGAUCGAGAUGUCGAUUAGCUCCGGUAUCCCAUCCUUUUGCCUCCAACGUCGAUGGCAUCCCGCCAGUAAACGCCCAGUACUUUUACCUGUCCUCCGUCCCCAUCGAUGACCCUCUUUCCACUACCACCGUCGCUGCCACGGCCGACCCUAAAUCAGCUAGAAGCAGUCUCCGACCCUUCUCGCCGGGGGAUAAUAAUGCGUUGGAGAAGGCUUGGCUGAGCCUUGCUUCGGAUACCUACCGUCAGAAUCAUACAAACGCACUGCAGAACCGGCCUCCCAGCCCGUGUCUCGCUAAAACAAAUGGCGAGAAGUUACGUAGUAUCGUACGCCACUUGGCCGUGGAACAUGCGGAAAAGCAUUCACGCGAAGGUCCUUCACAGGAAAAGGUCCAGCCUUUCACCGAGGGUCUACCGGAACCAGAAAAUGCUGCGCUUCUGUGUUGCCCGGACCUCCUCGUCGAUGUUGGAGUUGCCCUACGGACAUCUUUUUGUGCUGUGGCCAGGCGAAAACAGCCUGAGCUUAACCGAAAUAUGGUUGCCCAGGCUGUUAUAAGUGAGAUGAAUACGCUGCACACUGAUUCAACGGCUUCCGUCACAGAACGGCGCGUGCCGUCUAAUAGCAUCCCCCCAAGCCAGUCGCAGAUCGACUCCUUGAUGAGGUCAAAUCAGCCAGAUGAGCGACCAAAUAGUCAACAUUCCGUGGGGUCGCAAGCUCAAGUGUCAGCCGAUAAAAGCCCCAGUGUUCCUGUUCCUACGAAAUCUUCGUUUGCGAAUGACGGUAUCUCGGGUAGGCCCUUCGUUCGCGUAGGCACCCCAGAAAGUCCCAUCGUAUCUCCGCCGGCCUCGUUUCCGAGAGCUACUACUUUUCGACCCAGCGGACUCGUUGAGGAGGUGAAGAGCGGAGAAGCUAGGUCCCGUCGUGCUUCGUCAGUAGGGGAUCCAGCUCCUUCACCUAAAUAUACCGAAGCUCCAAAAGUCGUUUCACGUGAAGUGACGGUCGGUGUCUCUAGGUUGCAUGAAGUGUCUCUUCCUUCUCUACAGAUGAAGCCAAUAUAUUGGUCCCCUGUUAACGAUAUUGCUACUGUUUUCCGAGCAACUUGGUUCUACCGAGACGACAUGAGACCUAUAGAUCCCACUGUAGCUAAUCAGCUCGAAGCUGGAUAUCGAGAGCUUAAGCCUCAUUCCGAGACUUGGAAAGAUGAACUCAGAUGUGCUGUGGAAGUUGGUCCUCUAGGGGAAGAAAAGGUCUCGCAUCCGUUAUGGCCGAAGCCACUAAAUAAGUCUAAGAAGGCCGAUGAUCUGAUGGAACCGCCUAUAUCCAGUAAUCCCUUUUGUGCAGCUCGUUGCUUCCGCGGUGAAGCAGCCGCAGAAGGUAGCUUACUACCAGACCCGAACGAGGACAAUUCCUCUCCUAUGACGACCCACAAGAAGUUCGAGCAGUACCAUGUGAUUUACAAGGACGAGACGACAGCAUAUUUACUCAAGCCAAGCCUAAAGCCCUCUGCAUACUACGGCCGCAGACCGGUGGCAAAAAUAGUGAAGGGUCUCACUAUUGGCAUCCCGGUGGUGAGAGGCUUUGACUAUGAGGCCUGGACGAGGAAGCAUGAGAAGAGACAAGAUCAGCGGCAUCAGCAGGCUGCAUCUGUUCUUAACAGUGCCCAAGAAAAUGUUAGGCGUGACGCGUGCUCAGCGUGUAAGGCCGAUGAAGAACGCGCGCAAGUUACAGAUCUUGUCCUAGUUGUUCACGGCAUCGGCCAGAAGUUAGCAGAACGAGUGGAAAAUUAUCAUUUCACCCACGCCAUAAAUGCCUUCCGUCGGGCUAUCAAUAUCGAGCUGCGAAGUGACGCAGUCAAAGGGGUGUUAAGGCAAGGGCUAGACGGUAUAAUGGUCCUUCCGGUGAACUGGAGGCAAAACCUAUCGUUCGAAGAAGGCGGGCCGAUGAAGGAAGAGGAUAAGGAGCAUUACACACCCGGUGGUUUCACUUUGAAGGAUAUCGAACCCAAGACCAUCCCUGCCGUCCGGAGUAUGAUAUCUGAUGUUAUGUUCGAUAUUCCAUUCUACAUGUCGCAUCAUAAACCGAAAAUGGUAGCGGCUAUGGUCCUUGAAGCAAAUCGUGUUUUCAGGCUCUGGUGCCGAAAUAACCCAGGCUUUGCGGAAAAGGGAAGGGUUCAUCUAAUCGGCCACUCGCUCGGCAGCGUCAUGUGUAUUGAAGUCUUGUCGAGGCAGCCCACGAUUGUACCACCUUUGCAACUCACGAAGCAACCCGAAUUGAAGCACUUCGAGUUCGACACCAAGAAUUUGUUUCUUCUAGGUAGCCCCGCUGCUUUCUUCCUGUUGCUCGAGAGAGGUGCGUUACUGCCGAGGAGAGGACGUCGGAAACCAGGAGCAGACCUUAGCGAUAUUGUGUCGAAGGACAUUGUUGGAGAUGUGGGACGGUUCGGCUGCAUCGCCGUGGACAAUAUCUACAAUGUCAUGGCCCGAGAAGACGCCGUUGCAUAUCUGCUCAAUGGGACUCUAGACCCAAUGUACGCAGCAAGCCUGAAGACCGCGUAUGUGCCAAGUACAUCGACGUCCUUUCUACAAUCAAUGGGUAAUGCUAUGCUCAGCAUUGUCCCCGGAGCUGGAGCAUCCUCGGCAGCAAAUGCCCCGAUCCCAAGGCCACCGACUGUGCGCCUUCCAUCACAACUCGAACUUGAGGUCCACGAUUUCACGCGUGAAGACAUUGCCGAGAAGAAAGCUUACCUACUUAACGAUAAUGGGCAAAUCGACUACUUUUUGCGGUCGGGUAGCGGUCCACUCGAAUUGCAGUAUCUAAAUAUGUUGAGCGCUCACACGAGCUAUUGGGUAAACCACGAUCUCAUCCGCAUGCUAUGCAUGGAGAUAGGGAGGAAUCCGGGGAAGGCGAAUACGCUUCCCGCUAUGAGAGCUGUAAAGGCUACGAAGCGAGUCAUUCCUUCGGCGGUUUGAAUGAAUGGAAUUAUGUCCGGUUCACGAAUAAAUAAAUUUGCAUGGAUACACUUCU